UUUCAGGUGAGCAUGCGCGCGGGUUUCGCUUGCCAUAGCAACCAGGGCUGGAGACGGUAGCAACUGGAAUCCUAACAAUGGCGGGGUGCUCAUUUGAAGAGUGAUCUGCAUAAUUAAUGCAAAUUAAUCAUAAUCUAAGAAUUGUCUGAAUAUCGGAAGUCACCUUCAAUAGAAUGGCAAAAGCAACAACUAUCAAGGAAGCUCUAGCCAAAUGGGAAGAAAAAACUACUCAGAAGCCAUCGGAGGCCAAGGAAGUGAAACUCUAUGCUCAGGUUCCCCCUAUAGAAAAGAUGGAUGCUUCUCUUUCCACUCUUGUUAGCUGCGAAAAACUCUCUUUAUCUACAAACUGCAUUGAAAAAAUUGCCAACUUAAAUGGGCUAAAAAACUUGAGGAUAUUGUCACUGGGAAGGAACAACAUAAAAAAUCUGAAUGGGCUGCAGAGUUUGUGAGGUUGGCAGAGUUGCCGUUACUGGAGGACCUGGUGUUUGUAGGCAAUCCACUGGAAGAGAAAUACUCUGCUGAUUCACAGAGUGCCUGGGUUGAGGAGGCAACCAAGCGAGUGCCCAAACUGAAGAAACUCGAUGGUAUCCCAGUUAUAAAACAGGAAGAAGCGGAAGAAGGAGAAAACUAGCACCUUUUCUUUCACAUUAAAUUAUUGAUGUAUCUCCAGCACUAUAUAGGAUGUGAUGCUUUUGUAUAAAUAUGUCUUUAAAGGAAAAUUUAGGCAACAUUUUAACUGAUUCAUCUCCAUGUUCUUCUCACCCAAAGAAUUCUUACUUUUUUAUUAUGAAUGUUUACUUUUUAUUUAAUACCUGGAGGGUUGUUUUUUUUUUGCAAGUGUAUGGUUUUUUUUUAAAAGAGCAGAUUUCUAUAAAGCACGUGUUAAAUAGUUUUCUCUAAUCUUUUGAGAAAUGGCAGAUGGGUUCUAUAUGGUAUGGCUUUUUAAAAAAUAUCUUUCUUUUAAAGAAAGGCUUCAAAUAAUGGUAUGCUUUAACAUUUAUCAAGUGUCUCUUGUUUUUUCUCCUGAGUUAAUAUCCAGUAUUAGAUGAAAGAGUGAAGGCAGUUUUUUUGUUCUAAGUGAAAUAUUUCUCUCCUCCUUUGGUUUAAUAUGCUGACUGAAUUUUCCUACUUUGUUUUAAGGAACAUGAAACUCUUAAGAAAAGGUUUUGUAGUGAUUAUAUGUUGCAGAAUGGCUAAAGUCCUUUAUUAUUUUGGAAUCUGAGUAAUCUGAGAAGAGAAAGCAUCUGUCGAAAGAAGCUGAAACAUAACAAGUCAUUCAAAACGAAGACAUUUUAAUAACUGAUAAAUGACAGCUGAAGAAAUGACAAGAAAGAAAGAAGAGAAAAGCAAUAAUGCUGUAGGAUAUAUAGGACAUGUGUUCCAAUGCAGUUUGUUUUUAUUUUUUUUGUAAAGAAGUUUAUAAGUCUUCUCACUUUGUGAAAGCCUUCUCCAUCCCUAAAAUUUUUCACUGACAUGACUGGAUAUUUUAGUCAUUCCUAAAGAUGGAAAGGAGAGAAAUAAAGUAAGGUGUUACUAUUUUGCUGAAGGUAAAAUUUAAUUUUAUAAGGCUUGCGGCAGUUUUUCUCUGCUAUUUUUUUUCUACUUAAAAGUAUUGGCUCUGACAAUCCAUUUCUCUGUUAAAAGAUGACAGGCAUUCAAAAAAGGGAUGGCACUGAAACACUCUGCAUAGUUAUAUGGGAAUAAACACUAUUUUACACAAACGCUGAGCCUUUGCUCAGGAAUACUUAUUCUUUAGCCUUUGGAUUUAUCCUAAUCAUUUAAAUGUAGCAGUUGGUUAAUUUGAUUACCCCUGUGGUUCUACUCUGUCUCAAAUCUAUGUGUUUAUGAGGUAUUAAGACAGUUAUUACUCUGAAAGAAUUUUGUGGCUCAGUUUUUUUUCAAGAGGAGAGUUCCUUACUAUUUUAGGCUUGGUUACUUCAAAGAGCAAUCCUCUAAAAUAUUUCACAAACUUUCAUCUGAGGUUCAGUGGAAUUGUUCUUGCACAUCCACAGAUUGGAUUUUUUUUAAAAAAAAACUUUCAGAUAAUUUGAUGUUUACUUUCAUUCUAUUUAUAUUUAAUCUUAGUUGUUUCUGUUAAUCAAUCCAUGUAGAUGCAUCAUUUUUAAGAAAGGUGUUUAUGUGUUAGGUUUAGUGCUUGGCAUUGUUUUUCCUCAUAUAUUCUGAUUAGUAUCUUUCUUGUUGUCUUCACAUUAGGCCAGGUGUAGGUAAUCUUUUGUUGGCCAGGAGCCCAGCUGAAUACUGGGGAAGAGGCUGCAAAAUGAAUGGAAUAUUUCUCAUGUGAGCAGAAUUAUGUUUAGGGUUACAGAGUAGAGUACUAGAUUUGAAAGGCAGCUAUGAACUGAAUAAACAGAUGGUUUAGGGCUUAUGCUACUGUACAGGUGACAUCUUUUCUUAUUUCAACAAAUGGGAAAUGAUGCUAUCAAUUUUCAGCAAUCAUGACAAGCUUUAAGAAACUUUAGAGCUAUAAAAAAGGGCCAGAUUUCACGAUGACCUUAGAGAUUACAAUAAGGCAAUGUCUGUUUGGAUGCAGUAGAGGUUACUUCUGAGUAAACAUGCAUAGGAUUACACUGCUCGCAGCUGAGGAAGCUUAUGAACAGAUACAUGAUGAUGGUUCUUGAUGUAUAACUUUUUCUUUUAACAGUUUAAAUUAAGGCACUGUCUAUAUAAGGCAUUGUGUUUCUAGACCAGUCAUGAUUGUCAUUUAUGUUCAUCAUCAUCUUUGCAUCUUAGCAAUUGAUUUUUCUCUUGGUACCUGUGAGGCAGGAGAAACUGGUAAAUUAAUGAAGACUUAUGUACAAAAAUUGGAGCUGCAAACAUUGGGACAGUUGCUGGAUGACAAUAAGCAGUCACAGUAUUGUGUAUUUCUUUCCUGCCAUCUACUGGACAUCCAGAGUUUUGCAGCCUGAGUAACCUUUAACUGGGAAAAAACAGUACCAUAAAGCAAAACUCAAAAGUACUUCAAGUUGGCUAACUUAAGAAAUUCCUCCAAAAUCUGGGAUCCAUAACUCUUGUGGAAUGGAUAUUUGACACAUUUUAUAAAACGUUUUAUGACCCAAACAUUAUUCUAAAGCACCUUAUGGCGUAAUACAAAAUGUCGUAAAACAUUUCUGGUCUUGAUGUUUGACUGUGCUAUACAGGUUCAGCAUGGGCUGUUUUUAAGGCAGAAACAUCUCUGAAUGUAUCCCAGCUUUUCCAGUGAAGGCAGUGCAUUAGAAGCUCUGUCAUUGUUGAAGACAUUGAGAAAUCUGGUAAGGAAAUUUCUCUGAAGGGAUGACAACCACAGGCCAUGGGUUGCCUAUGGAUUGGUUAUUAUGGUAUGGGUUUAAGAGGCUGGUUCUCUGCAAGGACUUGCUUUUGAAGCAUUUAGUGCUUGGAAUUAAGAUAAAGUCAGGGUUCUUGCUAAUGAGUCAAAUGUCCAGUCACCUGCAGGGGAUCUGGUAGGCAGGCAGCUCUAGAUACUGAAGUGGUUCUUGGCGUCCCUCAAAUGGUCAAUGCGUUUGAAGGGGAAAGUCAGCAAAAUGUUUUCACUAGCAAUUUUUGUGGAAUUUGGUUUGAAUUCAGCUUAGCGUUCUCUUUGAUGCUGAUGGUAUAGUUAGUAUAUUGCCCAUGCAAGUAAUGUCAUAAUCUUAAUAAUAGAAAUCUCGAUACUUUUAAGUUAUUUUUUUCCCUCUUGAAAAAAGUUCUUCAGAGAGAGUUCUGUCAUUUCACCUACUUCUUGCCAUUUGGGAUCCCUCACGUAUUCUGUCAGUUGUGUGCAUUUGUAUCCGGGAAGUAAGAUAAAACACAUUUCCUGGCAAGGAAAUAUCUAAAAUGAACAAGGCCAGUAACUAGGAAUUAAUCUAUAAUUUUCUCAUGUCAUGAGAAACAAAAUUGUUAUAGGUUUUUUUUUUACAACCACUUUAUAAUACUUUUUUGAAGUGUGAUGGGAUAUCUAAUUUUAGAAGUGGGUAAUAGUAAUAUGACAGCACAUCUUUCUUUAGCAAAUAGUAUCUUAGUAAAGAAUUAGUGCCUUUCUUAAAGAAACCUAUUGCUAAGCUAUUAUCGGCACUGGUGUCUCUUUUAGGAGUUAGAUGGAAAUCCUUUACUUUAUCCAGCAUUAUUGUUGUUGUUGUUGUUGCUUGGCUUCCAACUAUACUUCUUGUGCCCUUUGUGUCAGUUGGAUUGCUGACAUAAUCCUAAUAUCAUUUACCAGAACAUUUAGAGAAAACUCAAAAUAAAAAUUUAAAUGGAGGAAAAUGAGGUGUUUGACAAUUGAACUGUUCUGUCUCUUGCAGAAUGAUCAUGGAUGAUCAACAGGCAUAAUUUUUUAAAAGAAUUAACAGGCCUUUUCAUAUUAAAUAAAGAAUUCAGAUAUAUUUAUAAGUUUAUUUUUGGUAUGCUGAUAGAAAAAUGUGAUCCUGUGACAAGUGUUGCUUUAGUGAUUAGCUCAAUUUCCUGUUUCAUUCAGCCAGUACUAAUUGUAAUGCUUGCUUGUAUAGAAGUUAGCUCAAUUUUAUAUUUUUUAAGAACACUGAAUUGCACUGGUGUCUUCAGACCCAUAAACAAACUCAUGGGUUUGCUGCGGUAGGGAAAAGGAGGAGCAAAGGGAAUAUUUUUGGAUUUUCAAAAUUGUACGGCUGGCAAGAGCUUGAUGAAAUAGAUGUAUAUUCCAUUUAUAUAUAUUCAGUAUACAACAGAUUGUACAGUGCUGCACUGGACUGCAGUAUAAGAUGUGAUUCAUAAAUAAAAAAAGCAGUGAUGCUUGUGGGAAAACCUUUUAACAGUGCCUAAAUUUCCAAGGAACUGUAUAAUUAGAAGGCUUUCACCAUGAUAAUGUGUACAAGUAUAAUAAAAGUUUUAAUCAAUGAUAAUAGGGCUUCUUUCAGAAGCUAUAUUAUCAGAAGGAAAGUGAGGCUUAAGAGUUGGAAUUUGAAAUGGAAUGAUUUAUCUUUAAAGAUAUGAAUUACAAUGAAAUCUACUACCAAACCAUUUCAGUACCAUUUCUUCCACAACCUAGAAGGUGCAGGUUACUCAAAGGAGCUCCUAGGAGCCUAGGUAAAAAAUAGGGUUAGUGACUGCAGAGUCUUUGCCACACAUCUUUCAAUUUUAGUCUUCUUGAAGGCUGUUCUUGAAGGCUACACCAAAUCUUGCCGUGAAAGAUGCUUCUAUAGCACGUUAUCUUUAUUUCGCUAAAUGAUGGAUAGAUGGCUCAGCAUGACCUGGAGUGUCCUUUCCAAAUUGCAUAUAUAAGACUUUCUUUUUUAAUAACAAAGCAACAUUUUUUGUUGCAAAAAGCAAUUGGUAUAAUGAAAUUUUUAUCUACCAAGUAAUGUUAGAAGAUGGAAUGGGCAUGAGGUGAGCAUUGGGUUGAUAUGGCAUUACAGUAAGAUUGUUCCAAAUAAUGUACUCCUGACAUUGUUGAAAUGGAUUAGAGUUUGUAGUGCAAAACAGAAAUCCAAUUGCUAAAAUGAGGAGUGUUUCUUUUUUUAAAAAAUGCACUUUAAAAUUAUGCACUGGAUGCUGAUGGAAAGUAAUGCAAAUGGCUGUGUUAUGAUAUGUGGGUUAUGCAGAGAAAGCUUCUUGGCAGAGCAACAAAUAAAAAGGACUUUCUUGUAAUUGCUCUGAGGAGCUGUUAUGGUUUGCCACCUCCCUGGAAAUUAUUUAGUCUAAUAUAUGGAUUAUGGGUGAAAUAAAUAUCCAUGUAAAAACAUGACAGCAGUGUUGAAUCCUGCUGUCCACACUGGAAAUUGGGUGGCUUAUGUUAACCUUAUUUAAUGGCAUUUUAAUAAAUUUAAUGCAUACUAAUAAAUUGAGGUGUCAACUUGCAUUUCAGUCUCUCUGGCUGCAAACAGACACAACAUUAUUUAUGCAAAGAUGUCGAAGGACAUUUAAAGCAGGCAGCUCUCAUUUGUGAAUCUCUAGUUUUGGUAGAAAUUUAGGCUUCUUAAACAAACUCCAAGUUGGAGAGCAAUUUUCAAGCAAUUACUGUAGCAUGCUAACUCCUUUUUAAAAGUAGAAUAUAAUUUUGUAGCACCAUCAUAUUGUCUGACAUUAUUAUAAAGUUAUUUAGAUCUGUUUUAAGUCAUUUUGUGAAACUUGCUCAUAGUAGUAAUAAAUGUUUUAUACAAAGGACA